AUGAAGCACUUCCUUCCUAGGAGGCCCAGGAGUGUGGCGGUGCAGUCUCUCGUCUUCCUGGCCUUCCUGAACUGUCCCUCGCUGCAGAGACCCCUGGCCGCCGAUGGAGAUGGCAUGAGCGGAGAUGAUGGGCACCAAGGCAGCCCUGGGCUCAUCCAGUGUGGAGAGUACAGCAACCAGGUCUUGCCCAACGGAAGGUGCAAAAUCAUAGCUACCCUCCCGCAGCUGGAUGAGCAGAGGUGCCCGGACAUGUUCCGCUGCACGGACGAAGUCUCCUAUUGGCUGCACGAGAAUGAGGAGCGGAAGCAGCAGAUCCUGGAACUGCGCGAACUCAUCUCCGAGCUCCAGGAGGAACUGCGGAACCAUCGGCACCGCAUCAAGGUUCUGGAGCUGCAGCAUGAAGAGAAGGCCAGUCGGAACUCCACGGUAGAGCAGCGGGUCCAGGACUUGGAGCAGCGCUACCACGAGGCCAACAGCCUGCAGCACUUACAGGCCACGUUGCUCUACGACAUGCAGGCCCAGGUGCACAACAUCUCCCUGCUGAUGGAGUGGGUGAGGCACAACCCCGGCUGCCUGGGUCCCACGGAGAUGCGCAUCCAGCAGGAAAUGCACCAUCAUCCAGAUGCAAAGUAUGCCAAGAACUGCCCCAUUGACUGUGCCUCUAUAUACUACAAUGGGGUCCGGCGGUCUGGAGUUUACAGCAUCAUGCCAUCCGUGGGUGGGCUGCCAAUCAAUGUACUGUGUGAGAUGGAUGUUGAAGGUGGAGGCUGGACAGUCAUCCAGCGGCGGCAGGAUGGGACAGUCAAUUUUAACCGGACGUGGAACGAGUACAAAGACGGCUUUGGAGAUUUAAAUGGCGAAUUCUGGAUGGGCAACGAAAACAUUCACGAGAUCACAAGCCAAGGGGACUACUCCCUCCGCAUUGACCUGGAAGACUGGAACAAUAAGCACAAGCAUGCCUUCUAUCAGCUUUUCAGCAUAGAGGAUGAGCUGAACUAUUACCGGCUGCAUGUGGAAGGCUUUAGUGGGACUGUGGAGGAUUCCUUUGCCUGGUACCAUGACAAGAGGAGCUUCAGCACGCCUGACUCGGGGAACAUCUGCUCUGCCAUCUCCCACGGAGGCUGGUGGUACCACCAGUGCUUCUUCUCCAAUCUCAAUGGUGUUUAUUACCAGGGUGGCAGGUAUUCCCUGAAGAACCGCAAGAUCCUAGGGCCUGACGGGGUGGUGUGGUACACUUGGAAAGACACCGAUUACUACUCCCUCAAGAAGGUGACCAUGAUGAUCCGGCCCCGGACCUUCCGCCCUCACCUCUCCCCAUGA